AUGGAGGUAUCCCGACAGGCCUCUUCGCUGUGCUCGUCCGGAAUGGCUGAGAACCCAGAGGACACCACAGCACCGGCUGCAGCAGAUAGAGUUAGAUCGAAAGAGCGAACGAAUGGUAGCACAAUGAAAGAUGUCAAAGCAGUCGAUAAGCGAAGUCUCGACUAUGUCUUGCGGAGUGGAUUGGCUGGAGGGUUAGCGGGGUGCGCUGCUAAAACUGUCGUUGCUCCCCUUGAUCGAGUCAAAAUCCUCUUCCAAGCGUCAAACCCACAGUUUGCUAAAUAUUCCGGAAGUUGGUCAGGUUUGGCCCUGGCUAUGCGCGACAUACACAAAUACGAGGGCUCUCGUGGCCUUUAUAAAGGACAUUCGGCGACCCUCUUACGAAUAUUUCCUUACGCUGCCAUCAAAUUUCUUGCAUAUGAACAGAUCAGAGCGGUUAUUAUUCCAUCCAGAGAAAAAGAAACGCCGUUCCGCCGUUUGAUAUCUGGCAGUUUAGCCGGAGUGACGUCGGUGUUCUUCACAUACCCAUUAGAGGUCGUACGUGUGCGCAUGGCAUUCGAAACGAAACGAAACGCACGCUCGUCUUAUUCCGCCAUCUGCAGACAGAUAUACCAUGAACAGGCUUCUUCGCGGCCGGUGGCUGCAAGUAUCGGCGCCAAUCAAUCAGCCGCAAUGGCUACUGCUCAGACAAUCUCAACAUCCAUCAACGCCGUAACGCCGCGGUCUGGCCUUGCCAACUUCUAUCGCGGAUUCGCCGCUACCAUUCUCGGCAUGAUCCCAUAUGCUGGAAUAUCAUUCCUGACGCAUGAUACUGUUGGGGAUGUACUCCGUCGUCCAGCUCUUGCGCCAUAUACUACGAUACCCAACUCAGACGCUCCUAGCAAAUCGAAGAAACGGCAGGGCAAACGUCGCCUGCAACUCACUGCGUCCGCUGAGCUGUUCGCUGGCGCUGUAGCCGGCCUUCUAUCACAAACAUCAGCAUACCCACUCGAAGUGAUCCGUCGAAGAAUGCAAGUCGGUGGCGCAACUGGAGAUGGUCGUCGACUUAACAUUGCCGAUACAGCCCGCAAGAUCUUUUUAGAGAAAGGCUUCCGAGGGUUCUGGGUUGGUCUUACUAUUGGAUACCUCAAGAUUGUUCCUAUGAGUGCCACUAGCUUCUUUGUCUAUGAGCGGAUGAAGUGGUAUUUUGGAAUUUGA